UCAGAAAUCAACUCUGUGCGUUUCAUCAGAGCUCACAGGGAGGCCUAGUCACAGCCAGUUUCUUACACUCCAUCAUCACCAUCUCUUCCAAUGGGUAGCAGUGCUGUGUGGGUCUUCUGGCCUUUUGAGGUGAUCAUUGCUGUAGCAUGUUGCCUGGGCAAUGUGCUGGUGAUCUGGGCAGUGUGGAGAUGUGGGGCCCUCAGGCAGCCCACCUUCUGCUUCGUUGUGUCCCUGGCUGUGGCUGAUUUCCUGGUGGGGUCUGUGGCCAUCCCCAUGGGUGUGCUGGUGGACAUCCGUAUGAAGAUCCCCUUUUAUGGCUGCCUUUUCAUGUGCUGUGUUGUCAUGAUGCUACAGUUGGCUUCUGGUUCUUCACUACUGGCCAUUGCAGUGGACCGUUUCCUCCGUGUGCGCAUCCCUCUGACGUAUAAGUCUACUGUUACUCAAAAAUGCACUUGGAUGGUGGUGGCACUCUGCUGGUUCACUGCUGCACUGUUGAGUUUUAUCCCUAUGUUCGGAUGGCACAACUAUAACACUCAGAAUGGCACAACACAAGCAAACUCCACCAGUUUUGAGUGCAGAUUCUUCACUGUUAACAGCCGUUCAUAUGUUGUAAACUUCAUAUUCUUCGGCUUCUUCCUUCCUCCAUUGGCUAUCAUGACAUGCUUGUACUGUUACAUCUUCCUGACCACUAGAAGGCAGUUAAGAGCACAUAUCGGUGUGGCUACUGAGUCCCACACAUAUUACCAAAAAGAACAAAGGCUGGCUGCUUCACUGGUUCUGAUCAUGGGUCUAUUUGUUGUCUGUUGGCUCCCUCUAUUCCUCAUGCACACUAUAAAAUUAUAUGGUCCUAAUAUCAAGGUGUCCUCAGUCGUCAUUCACAUAGGUGUCCUCCUGUCUCAUACUAAUUCAGCAGUUAACCCCAUAGUGUAUGCGUUUAGGAUCCCCAAGAUAAAAGAGGAGUUUAAGAAGCUGUACAUGAGAGUUUACCAUGACGGACAACAGCAGUAGGGAGACAGUAGAAAAACAGCAGGGCAAAAAACAGCAGUACAGAAAAC